GUAUAUUUAAAAAGUUAAUGUAUGUGUAUAACCAGAAAAAAAUAAAAUAAUUAUUAAAGAAAAAAAUAGAGCUUCAAUCCCAAUGUAAUGAUAGAAUAUUUAUAAACUUAUCUCCAUUCACUAACAAACUGACUCUUACCUCUCCCAUCCUUAUCCCUUAUUCCUCUUCUUUUCACUUUCAGAGCCCACCAAAGUCACAAUGAAAAACCUCAGCACAUUAACUGACUUCAUCCUGAUCGGUCUAACAGAUGCUCCUGAAUUCCAGGUUGUGCUUUUUCUCUUUCUCUUUCUCACUUACCUAUUCAGUGUCAUUGGCAAUCUGACCAUCAUCACCCUCAGCCUGUUGGAUUCCCACCUCCAGACUCCUAUGUAUUUCUUCCUUCGGAAUUUCUCCAUCUUAGAAAUUCUCUUCACAUCUAUUUUUACUCCCAGACUCCUACACAGUAUCUCAACAGGAAAUAAAACCAUUAGUUUUGUAGGCUGUUUCACUCAGUAUUUUUUUGCUAUAUUCCUGGGAGCCACAGAGUUUUAUUUUCUAGCUGCCAUGUCCUAUGAUCGCUAUGUUGCCAUCUGCAAACCCCUACAUUAUACAACCAUUAUGAGCAGCAAAGUUUGUAUCUUACUCAUCUUUUGCUCUUGGUUGGCUGGGUUCUUAAUGUCUCUAAUAGCAGUUACCAUGGCAAGUCAACAAGAUUUCUGUAAGAAUAAUGUCAUAAACCAUUAUUACUGUGAUACUGCUCCCCUUAUCAAACUUUCUUGUUCAGACACAGGCCUUAUAGAGCUGGUUGACUCCAUCUUAGCUGUGAUAACCCUUGUAAUAACCCUGGUGCUUGUAAUGCUCUCUUAUAUCAACAUCAUUAGAACAAUUCUCAGAUUUCCUUCUGCUCAACAGAGGAAGAAAGCCUUUUCUACCUGUUCCUCCCACAUGAUUGUCAUCUCUCUCUCCUAUGGGAGCUGCUUCUUCAUGUACAUCAAGCCCUCUGCAAAGGAUGAUAUUUCCUUCAACAAGGGAGUGGCUGUGCUCAAUACCUCAAUAAGCCCUAUGAUGAACCCCUUCAUUUACACCUUGAGAAACAAGCAAGUGAUACAAGCCUUCAAGGACUUGGUCCAAAAGAUUAUGGAUCAUUGAUAAGAUGAAGAAUUCAAAACUGCAUAGAAAAAUAGGGAAGAGGAAAAGAGCUUUCUAAAUAUUAAAUCAUGUUCAAUGUUUGGAUUAAUUACAGGGUAUUAAUGGACAAGCUAUAUGAUGUCCAGAGGAGGAUAACCAAUAUGGGAAGGGGGAAUAUGAGUGUGGUCACCUGAGGAUAUUUUAAAAGGAUUGAGAAAAUAUAGUUCAUAGAAAAGAAGACAAUUCAAAAUCUUUAAAUAUGUGGAAAGUGUUCGUGUGAAAUAGGUAUUAACUUUCCUUUACUUUACAGACAAUAGCUAUUAGACCAAAAAAGAAAGAGAUUCAAGAUUUUAGUUCAAUAAUAGGAAGAAUUCUCUAAGAAUUAAGGCUAACUAAAACCACAAAAUAUUGCUUCAGGAGGGAAGAGAUAAUAUCUAAAAAAAAAAAAAAAUCAAGGAGUGUGAGAGAAGAUUGUAUUGGGGGGAAAAGAAGAGGAAGAAGUGGAAUGGUGCAAAUGAUCUGCCAUAAAAGAGACAAGAAAAAGCUUUUACAUGAGGGAAAGAGGGGGAGGGGAUAAAAAGUGAGUAAACUUUAUUUUCUGCAGAACUGACUCAAAGAGGAAAUAACAUACAUGCUCAAAUAUGAGUAUAGAAAUGCAUCUUGUUCUACAAUAAAGUAGGAGGAGAAGAGAUUAUGAAAAGGAAGGAGGGUGAUAGAAAAGAGGGCACAUUGAUGGAGGAGAUGGUCAGAAAUUGAGGAGAGACAGGGUGAAAGAUAAGAGAGAAUAGAAUAAACGGGGGAGGGGGAAUGUAGUUAGUGAUAGUAGUAAUUAUGAAAAGAAUUUUUUAUUAUAGCUUUUUAUUUACAAGAUAUAUGCAUAGGUAAUUUUUCAGCAUUGAUAGUCGCAAAUCCUUUUAUUCCAACUUUUUCCCUCUUUUCCCCCAUCCCUUCCCCCAGAUGGCAAGUUGACCAAUACAUAUUAAAUAUGUUAAAGUAUAAGUUAAAAUACAAUAUAUGUAUACAUGUCCAAACAGUUAUUUUGCUAUGUAAAAAGAGUCAGACUUUGAAAUAGUGUACAAUUAGCCUGUGAAGGAAAUCAAAAAUGCAGGUGGACAAAAAUAGAGAGAUUGGGAAUUCUAUGUAGUGGUUCAUAGUCAUCUCCCAGAGUUCUUUUUCUGGAUGUAGCUGGUUCAGUUCAUUACUGCUCUAUUGGAACUGAUUUGGUUCAUCUCAUUGUUGAAGAGGGCCACAUCCAUCAGAAUUGAUCAUCAUAUAGUAUUGUUGUUGAAGUAUAUAAUGAUCUUCUGGUCCUGCUCAUUAUGAAAAUAAUUUUGGAACAAGCUUCUCUGAUGAAGGCCUUAUUUCUCAAGUGUAUAGAGAAUUGAGUAAAAUUUAUAAAAAAAUAA